AUGAGUGACAACAAGACUCUUACGAAGAUCCCUCACUUUAAUGGUCACGAUGAUCACUGGAGUGAGCUGAUGGAGAACUUGCUAAGGGUAAAGGGUGUGUGGAGUUUGGUGGAGAAUGGCUUUACAGAGCCAAGAGCAGGGACAGUGCUCACUGGUACCCAGAAAAUGCAAUUGGUAGAUGCCAGAACCAAGGAUUAUCAGGUCAAGCACUAUCUCUUUCAGGCCAUUGAUCGCACUAUUUUUGAACAAAUUUUGGAUCGAAAAACAACCAAAAAAGUUUGGGACUCAAUGAAGCAAAAGUUUGGAGGCAAUGACAAGGUGAAUAGGUCUCCUCUUAACUUACUAAGAAGAGAUUUUGAGGUUUCAGAGACGAAGAAUGAUGAAAGCAUUACCGAGUAUUUUACAAGAGUAAUGACGAUCUCCAAUAAGAUGCGGAGCAAUAGAAAAGACAUGCUUGACUCAAAGAUUGUUGAGAAAAUCCUACGAACUUUAAUUAAGAAGUUCACAUUGUUGUGGGUGAGCAGCGAGUAUGAGGAUCAAGUCUUAAAGGUUGAUUCAGGAUCUAGAAUAAGAAGUAGAGGAAGAUCAUCUCCUAGAGGUAGGGGACGAGGAAAAGGAAGGACAACAUUCAACAAGUAUGAAUGUCCAAGUUGGAAUAAGGAGGCAAAUCAUAUAGAGGUGGAGGAGGAAGAUGAAGACGAGUUGUUGUUAAUGGCAUAUGAAGAGCUGCAUGAAGACAUGAUUCGUGAUGCCUGA